UAGACUCAGCGCGGCAGUUGCAGUGACUAGCCAGUGUUUUUCUUACUCGCGCCAAGGAUAGUGGAGUACUACGGACGCAGAGCAGUUCAGUCGGUCUCAGGCGAGAAAGGAAGAGUGCGUUUUUAGUUGUCGGGGGAUAUUGUUCAUCAUUCUCCCACCCUGAAUGGAAGAAGAGGAGAAAGUCUGUGUCAGCUGAUCAUCUCGGGUCCUUCGUUCCAAAGAUUCUGCGCAGACAUGGUGAUCUUGACAAGAACCAUGUGGAAACCUCCAUUCCCCUUGGCAUCGAAGGACCAGAUGUUGCUGCUAUUGGCGGUGAUCGUUUCCUUCCAGGGACUGCUUUACUUCUCGAGAAUUCCAACGGGGCUUCGUUACUUCCAUUCAGACACCACGGCUAGCCAGCUCCCGUUACUCUUCGAGAUAAACUGCAGUGAAUUAAUGAGUAGAAAGCCCGCCAAUUCGGCCUACGAAAAAUUCUGCAUAUUCAAUGACACGUCCAAUGGGACCUGGACGAUACCCAUCACUCACUUUCGGGCAAAACUCAAUGCCAGUGAGAUGUCCCACGCGUCAACGCUCUCUAAGACAACUUGGCAAAAGGUGCUUUCGGAUAGACCAUUCAAGGAUAGGUUCAAGUUCAUCUACAAGAACAGAGAGCUGGAGCUGGAUGGUCCAGUCGUGAAUCCCGUUCCUUCGAGCAUCACCUGGCAGGAGGACCUGCAACACGUCGACAUCUGCAACUCCACGUCUCCCUUGAUGCUGGCUGUUGUCCCCUCCGCAGUUCCGAACAGGGACAGAAGAGAUGACAUCAGGAGAACUUGGGCGAGUCCUUCUCUCUACUCCCGAGUCAGUUUGAGGACGGUAUUCGUCGUGGGAGCAACUCUGGACAAGAAACUGCAGGAAGACGUCGAAGCCGAAGUUAAGCUCCACAACGACAUCAUUCAAUACAAUUUCAUCGACUCUUACAAAAAUCUGACCUACAAGACCAUGGCAUGGCUCACCUGGGUCAACAAGAGCUGCCCGGAAGUGUCCUUCGUGGUCAAGAUUGACGAUGAUGUCAUCUUCAAUCCUUUUCACCUUCAGGAGUACCUAGUUGGGCAAUUACGGAGGCCUAAGUUUUCAAGGUCUACUCAAAACCUGGCGGGGUCCCUGCCUCGCAGCCACCAAGAGAUGAUCCUCGACAGCGCCAAUCGGUCUGUGAAGAGCCAGAAGAACCAUGCAGCCACUAAGUGGAUUUACGGCUGCCUGGAAACUAUGCCAUCACCGCACAGAAAACACAAGUGGGCCGUGUCUAUGGACGAAUACCCUGAACCUGUCUUCCCGCCAUUUGUCCUGGGUCCCGCCUACGUGGUGGGCGGCAGCGCAGUGGGGCGUCUUUUGAAAUACGCCCCUCGCGUCCCUUUGCUGUGGCUGGAGGACGUGUACACGACGGGGCUGGUAGCCCAAGCCGCCCAAAUCAGGCGCGUGCAGGCAAGGGCGCAGCUGUACGUCAUUGGCGGGAAAACUUUCGCUCUGGAUAAAGGAGCCAAAAGCUUUUGGACCGAACAUCAAAAUUCCAAUAAAAGAGACGUAUGGCGAAAAAUACUCAGCCAUUCCAACAUUACGUGAUAUUCAACUGUUAUAUAUAGUAUUCGCUUUUUUAAAUCGCAUUAUUCGUGCAAAAUUGCAAACACGAUUUUGUUUUUUUAUAAUGUUAGGAGCUCCUGUUUACUAUGUACCUCAUCUCGAAAAUCAUACAGUUAACUCAUCACUGAGCUCAGCGGUAACUGUUCUCUAUAGGAAGCCAAAAACAAAUAUCGUUAUGACAUUACUCUGCAAUAAGAGCUAGGAUAACGAGACAUUAUUCCCCGCAGGUGGUUGAUGGAUAAGACACGUAAGAAAACGGCUCUCAUGGGUCUAGAAUCGAGACUCAUGGAAUCCACUGUCUGGGCAGCAACUACAGCUUGUUACCCUCAAAUGAAAAAAAGGUCAAUUUAAAAUGAGAAAUGGUCAAUUUCAAAUGUAAAAAUAUCAAUUUCAAAUUAGAAAAGGUCAAUUUCUAAUUAAAAUAAGGCAAUUUCUAAUUUUUAAAAAAGUCAAUUUCAAAUUAAUAAUGUCAAUUUCACAUUAAAAAAGGGUCGAUUUCAAAUUAGAAAAGAUAGAAAUAAAAUUUAAAAAGAUAAAAUUCAAAUUUAAAAAAGGU